AUGUUCAGUGCGAACCAUAGUCUUACGCCUAGAUCUAUAGCAACACCACGCACCCCCACACGAGGCAUGGGCGGUAACGGUAAUAAUACACCUCAAGGAACACCUACUCGAACGAGAACACCACACAGAGGAUACAAUACAACGCCACAUCGUACCUCUGGUCCAUCCAGGCCCCUUAUUAAACCACCCAAAGUGCCUGAUUUCGUUGCACUUGCUCGUGAGCAACAGCAUCAACAACAACAACCAGCCAGCAGGGGACACAACAGUUUUUUUGCCUACAAUCCUGAAAAAGAGCCCAUCAAGUCUUAUUUGAGAAUUCGGCCUCAUUCUGCUACUUUUCAAUUGGAUUCCAUCGUGCCUUAUUUGCAUAUUGUAGAUGAUUUAGAGAUCUCCAUGACACCACCCGAGGAAUCCAAUGCAUACCGCACCAGAAAUACAGCACCUGAACGAUAUAAAUUCUCCAAGAUCUUUACAGACACAGUAUCUCAGCAAGAGUUUUUCAACAAGACCACAUUGCCAUUGAUCCAUGAUGUGCUUCAUGGCGAAAAUGCACUGAUUUUUGCCUAUGGUGUCACUAAUUCUGGUAAAACAUUUUCCAUCAUGGGCACCAAGCAAAAUCCUGGCAUUCUUCCUCGAACUUUGGAUGUCAUUUUCAACAGCAUAGAGGAUUUCAAGAGUGAGACUCGACUUCGACCUUGCAUGCACAGUCUUGUUCAACAAUACGAUGAUCCAGCAGACGAAAAUCGAGACAUGCUUCGCGACACACAUCAUCGCAUGCUACAACAGGAAGAGAGUGUGUGGGAGGCUGGAUUACCAAUCAAUCGAGACAAGACAGCCAUUGCCAUUGAUGAGCACUACGAGUAUGGUAUUUGGGUCUCAUUUGCAGAGAUAUACACAGAGAAGAUUUAUGAUUUGCUGAUACCACCUGAUCGUCUCAAGAAGCGCAAGGCAUUGUCGCUCAAGUAUGAAUACAGCAGUGGGCACAAGUAUAUUGCGGGCCUCAGAGAGGUUAAAGUGAAGAGCAUCCAGGAAGCGUAUGAGAUCUUGUUUGAGGGUCAACGAAACAGAGCAGAAUACUCCACCAUCACCAAUCACACCAGUAGUCGAAGCCAUAGUAUAUUCACUAUUCGCAUUGUACGAGUACCUAUUGUCGAGAACGAAUAUGUGCUGGAAGAUCCAGUAUACGCUACAGUUUCAAAGUUUUCUAUUGUCGACCUGGCUGGCUCAGAGAGAUAUCGCAACACAUUGAAUUCAGGGCAGAGAUUGAAAGAGGCAGGCAAUAUCAACAAGUCAUUGAUGGUGCUUGGUCAGUGUAUGGAGACGCUCAGGUUGAAUCAGAUGAAGAAUGCUAUUGGCAAGAAAGCUGUCAUGGUGCCCUAUCGUCAUAGUAAAUUAACCGAACUGUUCAAAAGCUCAUUUGAAGGCGAUGGUAAAGCAGUGAUGGUAGUGAAUGUGAACCCUUUUGAUACUGGCUUUGACGAGAACAGUCAUGUCAUGAAGUUUGCAGCAGUGGCAAAGGAUGUAGCUACUUGGCGUCGCGUGCAUCCCAAGUUGGAAUUGAGCGGUGAUGUAUCUAAUCUGUCAAAGAAACGACGUAGAAACAAGGUGUAUCACGGCAUUGAUGCAUUAAUGAAUGACGACGAUGAUGAAGAGGGACAACCCCAGGGUAUGGACUUGGACAAGAUCGACAUUGACUUGGAAGAAGACGAUGAGAAUGAGGAAGAAGAGGAGGAGGACGAUGACGGCACGGAGGAUCCAUUUGUUGACAAUCUGAUAUCGCAGUUGGAUGAGCUGCGUAACAAGUGGAUUGACGCAGAAACAAGAUGUGCCACGAUAGAAUCUCAAGUUCGCCAGCAAGUCGCGAAAGAAACCGAGGCUGAAUUGAAGCGAAUGGAAGACAUCUACAUGUCAUUUUUGAAGAAAGAGAACGAUCAAACCAACGCGCAAAUCCAAGAUUUGAUGCAAAGUCAAGGCAGUGAUCAAGAUUUAGUAAAGCUCCAAGACAAACAAACUCAACUGUCGACUGAAAUGGAGAAACUCUGCAUACAUUUAAAUGAGCAAGAAGCAACGAAACAUAGUUUACUCGAAAAGAUUGCAGAAUUGGAAAAAGACAAGCAAAAGCAUAAAGACGAAUUGUAUCAGUUGAACUCACUUGUCAAGGAACAGGAGGGCAGAAUUCAAGCAUUGUUGUCUAGACCAGAACCAACAACAUCAGUCCCACAACAUGAGGCACCUAUCAAAGACGACCAGCCUGUACAACAGCAAUCAAAGGUGCCUGCCACUGAUCCCCAUCCUGAGAAUGAACACACUGCGAAACCUACAAAGAAUCAAAUAUUCGAAGCGUUCCUUGACCUUAGAAAGAAGCUGAGACGUAGUAUAUUUCGAUGCGAAGAGUAUUCCCAUGAUGCUGAUGUGAUUAUGGGUGAAAUUGAACGCUUCCAACAUGUUACAUUUGAUCUGGUCAAGGAAACAAAUAUGGGUAAAUUAAUGAAACUCAUUACACAAAGAAAAUUCACCAAUGAUCCCUACAACAUCCUGGGCCGAUCCAGAACAUUAUUCAAACAAUACGCGCAGCUCUCUUUGCCCAUUUUAGCACCCAAAAAGACAGGCCGAGAAUCCAUGAUUGUGUUGAGUGUCAACGCAGGUCGAGAGGAGGAGCUGAUCAAUGAGAUGCGUCACGCUUUGAGUACAUUGCAAGAUGAAAAUGGGAAAUUAAAGCAUAAACUCAAGUUGAUGCAGGAAGGACAUCGUAGAUUAAAAGAGGCUUUUGAAAAGGCAACACGAAGACAGAGCAGCAUUCACAAGGCUGUAUUACCAACACAGCGAGCAUCAACAUCUGCUACUGCAAAUGCCGAUGCUGAGCAGCCAUCAAGCGAUCAAGAGGAGGACAAGACGCAAUUAGGAUUAGAAGAAGAAUUACUUUUGACCACACCACCAUCAGCUAUGGCAGACCCUGAAUUGGAAAUGUUUAGUCCAAUUCUUGGCGCUACUGUACCACAAAGUGAUACCAAUGAGCAGGAUUUACUCGGAGAGGAGGACGAUGAUUUGACAGAUAUAUUACCACCACCCUCACCACAAAAGAACAAGAAGAGAAGAAAGUUGAGAUCCAUGUAA